UCAAAGUUGUUUCUCGCAACAAGUAGCAAUGAUGCUGAUGAUCCGAGGACUGUUCUAACACCUUGUCUGCAUCUAAGAAAGCUCUACAUCCAAGGGCAUGAAGUCUUUCUCCCAUCACCAUCGUCUUUGUACUGCACGGCAAAGCCUCAGCAUCUCACCGUCCCUAUCUCCAUUCAAGCAAGACGCUCUCAAGAUAAAAGCCAAGGAACGAGAAAAGUAAGCAAAGAAAGAUCCAUUCUUCGUUCCAUCUACUCAAAGCACUCGAAAGUAGGUCAUGCAAAACCCAACAGUGGUAAGGUCUUCUUACUACUACCGCCCCCUUCCGUCCUUCCCCAACCCAAACAUGAACUCCAAAUUCCCCACACCUCCUCUUCCCAUCUCAGCCUUUUUCUUUCUUCUCCUCUUUUUCUCCGUUCCCGCCAUCAGCCAUCCUUCCAACGUUGCCUGCGGCGAAGCCAUAUCAAGCUGUGGCAACAUCACCAACAUCACCUACCCAUUCUGGUUCGUCCAUGACGACUCCACUUCCCUCCGCUCCCACUGCGGUUACCGAGGCUUCGAGCUGAUUUGCCGGAACAACACCCCGAUCAUCCACCUUCCCGCCGGCAACUACACAGUCACCAACAUCGACUACAAAACCCAUACCAUCUCCCUCGCCGAUACCGGCAUCGUCUUCGUCAGUGAAGAGUGCCCUCGAGUAAAUCACAACCUCACCUUCGAUCCCGACUCAGUUCUGCGCUACGCUCCCUCCGACGUCAACCUCACCUUCUUCUUCGACUGCACCGACGGCCCACCGGAUCUCCACAUCCCCUGCCUCGGCUCUGCUGGUGGAAACCGGUCCUAUGUCUUCACGACCGAAACGAUGAGGGAGUCUUAUCACCGUCUUCCUCGGACGUGCCGCGCCGUCGUCGUCGUGCCCGUCCUGCAGGACGUGCUGAUGGCUUAUAUUGCAGACGACUUACCUACCCGAUACGGAGGGGUGUUGCAGAGUGGAUUCAAUUUGAGCUGGCCAAACGUGACCUCCGGCGACUGCGGCAGGUGCGAGCACUCCGGCGGGCGGUGUGGGCUCAACCGGACGAGUAACUCCACCUGGAAUUUCACCUGCUUCUGCUCGGAUGGAGUAAAGACAUUUCAUCCCCAUUGCGCAGAAGGUAUGUCAGUAUAUCUUCGUAUUUACUCGCUCUUUUCUACUGCCACUGCUCGAUCUAUUUCAGUAUUUCUUCACUACAUUACCACUUUCCGUAGCUCAUCUAAUUAG